UCAGAUCUAUACAUAUCCCUCGUCGUAUAUUUUCCUAUGAGAAUCAUGCUAGAUGUUGCAGCUGAAGAAUAAUGCUAUUUUUUAGAGGCCCACGAGGUCUUGCAUUGAUUUUUGUCAUAUUGAGUUUUCUGACGAUAUAUUAUGGCUACUUGAGGCUUGAUGUACAUCCGAAGCUACACGAUGGCGAGUUCGCUGUACCACCUCAUGCGGAAGUUGUUGUAGAACCUGGACGGCUAGCAGACGGGAAGCCUACGAAGUCUGCGGAGAAGGCGGUGUAUCCAUCAAUAUCACCCCACCCUCAGCCCAGCGCUACACCCGACAUUACCUCUACAGUGCCAAGUUCAGAGCUAUCAGUGUCAUCAUCUGACAUUCUGUUAAUCAUGAAGACUGGUGCAAGCACAGCGUGGCGUCGAAUGCCUAUGCAGCUGUUAACGACAUUAUCGAGUUUGCCAAACAGUGUAAUAUAUUCUGAUCUCCAAGAGAAUCUUUCUCAUGAGAUCCAGACAGUGGACGUUUUGCAAAACGUGAGCGAUACUCUGCAGAUACAUGACACAAUUGCGUACGACAUAUACCGAGAUCUACAUACCAACAUUCAUGCGUACAGAGAGCAAGCUCAGCUCCCGGGUGACGAACCUGAACUCCCACCCGGGGAUAAGCCAGGCUGGAAACUAGACAGAUACAAGUUUCUUCCCAUGCUAGAGCAUGCUCAGAGGAACGUCCCCGGUUUCAAAUGGACUGUUUAUAUUGAAGACGACACUUUCGUCUUUUGGUCAAAUCUUCUCCCAUGGCUUGCAACACUCUCAGCUGACGAUGAACCGUCAUAUUAUGGCUUUCCCGGGGGAGAAAGCAAUGCGAUAUUUGCGCAAGGAGGUUCAGGAAUCGUAUUCUCUAGGUCUUUGAUGAAGUCUGUUUUCACUGGACCCAAAACCCCCACUCUAAAAGAGUAUGCCAAAUUCACUGCAAGUGAGUGUUGCGGUGACAUGGUUCUUGGCAAAGUAUUGCGCGAUCAUAAUGUGCUUGUAAACAGAGGGAAAUAUGGCCUAGUGUCAUUCAGACCCGAACCACCCUGGAAAACAGGGUUUGACGAAUUCUCAUGGUGCAAACCAGUCUUCACGUUUCACCAUUUGCACCAGAGGGAUCUGGUUCAACUGGCAUUAUUGGAGCGCCAGCAUAGUCAUAAUAACCAUGUUUCGCGACCAAUCAUAUUUCGUGACAUUUUCCUUAAAACAAUAUCACCUUACCUCAAAGACCGCCGUGAUGAUUGGGACAAUUCCGCAUCUCGUCACAAACUUACAGAGAAUAUCACCACGAUCACCAACUCACCUUGGAGUCCACCUGCUCCCGUCGUAGAAGAUAAAGAUGCUCUUGAGCAGGCUUAUACUUCACCUGAAGCGUGUCUGGCGGCGUGCGUCGCAUUAUCUACUUGCCGUAUCUGGAAGCACGAAAUCAAUAACGAGAAUGAGAAGAGCUGUAGUUUGGAUGUAGUGGUAAUGCUAGGAAGAGAAAUUGAGGGACGGGCUUCAUGGGAUAAAAGGGUGAUCAAUAGUGGAUGGAUGAUCCAGAGAAUCAAUGAGACGUUAAUGGAGGAUAAAUGUGAGGUUGUUGCGUCACCUUGGGGUUGGUGAUUGUAUUGAUUGGGUAUGUACAUUGAAUAAUGAUUUUUUCGACAAUAGUUUGUCAAGGGGGGAAAGUGCGAUGGAUGGAAUAGGCGAACUGGCUAAGGAAAAGGUUCAAACAUAGCGUAUAAUGAGAUGUCGAAAGAAAUAUUUGCGAUAAGAAAAGUUUGAGAUGAGGUUCAAUGUUUUCUAAAAUUAUCCAUAAUGAAGUAGGCUUUUAAUGCCCACACAUGAGCAAACGAUUGAAUUUUCUGAUGGCUAAAUAAAACAUUUCAUGUACUCGGACUGGGACUCCCAACUAUAUAGUUCAUGUAAAUAAAUCUGUACUGGCACUUAAAGUUGCAGAU